AUGGUGAGUGUUGUGCCUCUUGUCCUGGUGUCAGUUUUGUCAUCUCUGGCGUCUGCAGAGUACUCUUCCAGCGGGUGUUAUUCGCUGUCCUCGCUUGAGAGUGUUUUAACGUCGCGUGGAGAGUAUACUUACCAGACCAACUCGUACUGUCAAGAACAAUGUGCUGGGUAUGCGGUGGCUGCCACGAUGGACGGCUCUACGUGUUAUUGCUCCAACCAGCUGCCCUCCAAUAUAAGCCCUGUAUCGUCGUCAUUGUGUUCCUCAACAUGUAACGGUUACCCUCAAGAGCUAUGCGGUGGUGAUGGGUACCUAUCCGUGUACGCCAACGGUGAUCAGGAUACGUCACCUAUUGGUGAAUCUUCGAGUUCGUCCAGUUCAACAAUAUCAACCAGCAAUACCCCAACGACGCUGUCAACUUCAACAAGCGCAAGUUCAACGACUUCGACGCUGUCAACCUCCACUUCAUCAACUUCCACUUCGUCAACUUCCACCUCCAGUGCCAGUGCCGCCACGCAAACCACCUCUUCAACUUCAAGCUCGAGAUCCAGCUCAACUUCGAGUAGCGUCACCUCAAGCACUUCCACAACUGCAUCUGCAUUGGUAACAACACAAGUGUCGGUAAUUACGAGCAUCAUAACGGCAUCUCAUGGGGCAGCAACGACAGUAACACAGACUAUAGAAUCUACUGGGUACGCUACUCCAACCGCAAGCUCUGCUGGCUCCUCAUCUUCCGCUGCAUCUUCAUCGACUACCUCAUCUGGUUCCAGUGGGUUGAGUAAAGGGGCCAUUGCGGGAAUUGCCGUAGGCUCCGUUGUGGGUGGGCUACUAUUACUGGGUUUGUUGUUGCUGUUCUGCUUACGUCGUCGUUAUUCAUCCGAAGAUGAUGACGAGAGUGAACACACAGAGAAGCCGGUUCAUAACGACAUGUACGACUACUACAACGUUGAUGGGGACUUUGAUACGCACAUACCACCUAUCCCGUACUACAUGCAAGAGAAUGGUCGUAAAAGACUCAGCAAUGGAUCCCUUCCUGAUGCCAGCGUUGAUAACCAAAAGACCCUAAGAGUUACAAACCCAGACGAAUUCACAUUUGCAGAAUCCACACUUUACGAAGGAGAUAACAGCAAUAGCGAUGACGAUGAUGAUAGUAUAAAGAGAUUCAACUAA